AUCACACAAGUACAGUAAGCCUGAGAUCCUUUUUGGGCUUGUCUCCCUAAAACCUUCCUCCCUUUUUCUGCCUCCCAACUUUUUUUCUUCUUCCCCGUCCGUCACUUUAAACUCUCUCUUAUCCCUCCUUUUCGAGCCCCUCGAAAAAAACACAACUCUUCACAACUUUCUCUUCUUUUUGUGUGUGCGUGUUGUGCAAGAUCAUUUUCUUACCUGGGAUCAGGACUUGAUUUUUGCCUGUCUCGUCUUGUCUCCAUAUUCAUCUCCCUGUCUGGGUCCAAUCGCUCGCUUUAUUCCAUCAUAUUACGCGCCUCCGCCCCCUUCUACCUUGGCUUGGCCCCUGUAUUUUCUUCGCUUCCAUCUAUCUCCGUGUUACGUUUCCACUUAACAACUACCUACAACUACAUCAAAGACUCGGCUGCACCUUGGUCUGCAUUUGCAUUUUGUCGGUAAUCGACUGCGCUUGUGGAUUUCAUAGUCGGUUCAUCGUUAUUGAUUGAGUCGACUCCGGGUUAUGCUAGAGACCCCACGAUAACGUUAACGUCAACGGUACCUGAUCGCAUCCCCACGAAUCUCCGGCGCAUCCAUCACCAUGUCUUCCCGUCCCAAUAACGAGGAGCCUGUUCCUCUCCUCUCCGCCGAGGAGAGAGAGCGUGAUAUCAAGGGCGAGCUCGAUAUCGAGAGCGACGCUGGCCGAGCCGAGCCUCCCAAGAACAAUAACCUUGAGCACGAGUACUCUAUCCCCAGUACCGUCAAGUUCGCAUGGCUCGGAACCUACUUUUUCUUCUCUCUGCUCCUCACUCUUUACAACAAGCUUGUUCUGGGAAUGUUCCACUUCCCGUGGCUCUUGACUUUCCUCCACGCCUCGUUCGCCAGCGUCGGCACAUAUGUCAUGAUGCAAAUGGGUUACUUUAAGCUUUCACGAUUGGGGCGUCGCGAGAACCUCGCCCUCGUUGCUUUCAGUGCUCUCUUCACUGCCAACAUCGCCGUUUCCAACUUGUCUCUUGCUAUGGUCUCCGUUCCCUUCUACCAGACCAUGCGCAUGCUCUGCCCGAUCUUCACCAUCCUUAUCUACCGCACUUACUACGGCCGAACCUACAGCACCAUGACAUACCUUUCUCUCCUGCCUCUUAUCAUCGGUGCUGCCAUGACCACCCUGGGUGAGAUGAGCUUCACCGAUGCCGGUUUCCUUCUCACCAUUCUUGGUGUCGUGCUCGCCGCUCUCAAGACUGUCGUCACCAACCGAUUCAUGACUGGCUCUCUCGCUCUCCCCCCGAUCGAGUUCCUCCUCCGCAUGUCUCCUCUUGCUGCUCUUCAGGCUCUGGCUUGCGCUACUGCUACCGGUGAAGUUAGCGGCUUCCACAAGCUUAUCACCUCUGGAGACGUUUCUCUUCCUCCCGCUUUCGCCUCGCUCUUCGGGAACGGUUUCCUCGCCCUUCUGCUCAACAUCUCGUCUUUCAACACCAACAAGCUUGCUGGUGCUCUGACCAUGACCGUCUGUGGUAACCUCAAGCAGUGCUUGACUGUUGCUCUCGGCAUCUUCCUCUUCGACGUGACCAUCGACCUGCUUAACGGUGCUGGUAUGGCCGUCACGAUGCUUGGUGCUGCCAUCUACAGCAAGGCCGAACUCGACAACAAGAACCGCAAGAGCCAACAGGCUGCUGCCGCCGCCUACAAGCCCGUCGAGCAGCAGUCACGGUAAACUUGGUGCGCUAUUGAGAUCGGAUAUUCUCACUUUUAAUACAUGACCUUUUUAUAGACGAUCGGGCGAGUGAAGACUGGCCAAGGCGAACUGCUUCUUUUUCGGCGUCUUUUUCUUCGCUUCUUGGGAUCUCUGCUGGGUGUGUAGCAUGGAUCGACAUCUGGUAAAAUUCUAUUUGUACUUGAUAUCCGGCGGCUCCCCGCGGACUCGCCCACCACGAAGCAGGAUCGGGGGGAGAUUGGAGACUGAGGGAUGUUAUUACUAUCAUGAUCAUGGGCUAUGGGUUUUUUCGAAAAUGUGCAGGCCCGGAAACUAUGUGGCCUUUUCUAUACAACUUUGGUUGUUUCUUCGAUUUUCUUGAAUAGGGUUUGCAUUUCCAGAGUAAGAAUAGAUACUCUACAUUAAUGCCUGCGUUACUGUGUCUGCAUUCGAUAUGUGUAUUAUACCUGAUGGUGAAAACGAAAAUCUUUUAUUCCUGAAGAACUCCUGAGCUAGAUAGACAAAGGCCGCGAAGCUAAUUGGAUUGAUGUCCAUUCUAACAAAACACCGACCAGGUAAACAUUUUUAUGAGGAAAAGACAAUCUUGGAAUAACUGCCGCCCAUUAACGCCAUGCUAUGCGAAAUAUGAGAAAUAGGAUGUGUCGACCUCAGACAUCCUCGUGCGAAUCAUGUACAAAAGAGGCAUCAGGAAGAGUCUUCUCUUGAAGAGCUAAGAUACUCUGCUGAACAUCGUCGAACGAGGCGUUAGAUUGCAGGCCCAAUGUCUGCGCUAGUAUUUCGAGGUCACUUGGUGGCAAGGCAACAUGGCCUUGUCCCGAUACACCAUCACCAAGAGCAGGCACAAUAAUGGCAGGAUCAAUACCAGUACCCUUGGCCUUGCUGAGCAUGCCGAAACGGAUGGCUACUUCGGUAACGGUAACCAUGAUACUAACGAUAAUCAGGACAAUGAUGAUCCAAGUGAUGUAGCUCAUCUUUGCGUCGGCAACGGAGUCGGACAAUAUCUCAGCUAGAUCGAGGAAGACACGGCAUCGCUCGUUGAGAACCUUGAUGCGCGGGUCGAUCUCAAGGUACUCGCGGAUGGCGGCAUAGAGAGGAUGUAAAGUUGGUUCAGAGUCCCAGAAG